GUGUUUGUUUGGGUCAAUGUGGCGAUUCCUUGUCAUCCUAACUUUGAUCUCCAUCAUUUUCUGUAUAGGAUUCUGGAUUCAAAUCAGCAAUUAUAGAGUUAGAGCGCAUCGUCGGGAAUUUGAAAGUGUUGAACCAUUUAAUAAUUUCAAAUUUUUCAAUGAAAUUGGUCAAGUUGAAGAUGAAAAUGAAAAUUCCUGUUAUCCAUACAUGGUGCAUUCCAUUGAAGCAGACAUUCUUGGACUUAUUUCACCGAUGAUAUUUUCGUGCAAUUCUCCUAUGGGCAACUGGGCGAACUUUUCGGACGGUAUUCUGACAAUAAGCGAACGAAUAUUUGAAAAACGGAAAGCCGAGCAAAAUCAAAAUUUUACAUGUGUCUACGCUGAAAUAGUCCCUAAAACGGAACUUCCAAACGGUACUAUAUUAGCAGAAGCAUCGAAACUUGAGACUCCUAUAGAACCUGGAAUUCCAACCAAAAUCGAAUCAGAACAAUUCGUGGUGUUUUGUCGUGAUCCUUUUGGAAAUCAUUUUUAUAACAAAACAUUUUUCAAUUUUCUGCCGAGAAGUGAAACAUUGACGAAUUUGUCGAGUUCUGAUGAAUCUUUGAUGAUAUUAUCAAUAUCUGGAAUGUCUCACAAUCAAGCAAUGCGCCAUCUAAAAAGAAGUUUGAAAUUUGCCGCUGACAAUGAGUUUCAGUCAUUUUCAAUGUUUAACCAGAGAUCCCAAGACAAUUUGGAAAACUCUCUAAAAACGUUUGGAGGAUCUGAAAAAGUAUGGAAUAUUGCGAAGAACAACGGAUGCCCGACAUUUUUGAAUACGGAUUCUCCGAAGUUCUCGAAAAUGUAUGGGUAUCAAUUUGAUUAUCAUUCAAAUCUGUAUAGCUCCUUUAACAAACAGUACCUGGGACAAGUUGACAAUUGCAUUUCAGAUGGAAGUGUUACUGUGGAAGAUGCCAUCACACUUUGGACCAACUUCUCCCUGACUUUCCACCCCAAUCUAUGCCACUUUUCUCUUUUACACUUCACGGAAGUUGCUGGCCCAGGAGAUGGGAAAAUUGUGAAUAUUGAUGAAGUUUUGAAUAAUUCCCUGGAAAUACUUCAAAGUUUUGGAGUACUUCAUAACACAACUGUUGUGAUUUUGAGUGAUGGAGGUACUGGGAAUAGCACGAUAUUUGAGACAGAGACUGGAAAAUUGGAGUCAAGAUAUGGAGUUUUCUUGAUUAGACUUUCAGAUAGUUACAGAAAAAGGUUUCCAGAAAACGCUGAGAUUUUGAAGAAGAAUGUUGACAGAUUAAUCACUAACCAAGAUGUGGCGGAAACAUUGAAGCACAUAAUUUACGAUCAAAAUCAAGAAAAUGUUACAUUUGAAAAUUCUUUGCUUAGCCGAGAAAAUUCAAAAUCCAGAAGCUGUGACAUUGCUGGAAUCGAGGAUGAAUUUUGCAUUUGCUCAAAACUUGCGCAGAUUGGAAUUGAUAAACGACCCGAAAUUUUACGCAAUCUUCUGAAAAUUGUGAAGCAUGAAUUUUCCGGCCAAAAAUGCAUUUUGAAUAUCGAAAUUGACUCUGAAAAUUUGAAGUUCAGAAUUUACCGAUCAAUAACAUUUUUCAAAUUUUUCGGAUUUCUUACAACUGCAACUGUAAAAUUAGAAAAAGGAUUUUCUAAGCCGAUUCGACUGAAAUUCGGAGGAAAAGCGAGAUUUUUAUCAUUGGAGCCGGAUGACUUGGAGCUCAGAGAACCUUUGAAAUUUAUAGAAUCAAAUCAUAGUUUGGAAAUGGAUAGGGUUUCGGACAAUUGCUAUCGGAAUAUUAUGGCGGCGUUUCAAAAGUUUUGAAAAUUGAGAUCAAAUUGUUCUUUUAUAUGUAUGUACUGAAAACAAUAAAGAAUUUUUUGAAAUUAAAAAUUUAAA